AUGGAGGACAGAACUACUGACAGGACACAGCGAUGGAGGACAGAACUACUGACAGGAUACAGCGAUGGAGGACAGAACUACCGACAGGACACAGUGAUGGAGGACAGAACUACUGACAGGACGAUGGAGGACGAACUGACAGGAUCCAGUGGACAGAACUGCGGCAGGAUCAGUAGUAGAGACAGAACUACUGACAGAGAUACAGUGAUAGAACUACUGACAGAAUACAAUGAUGGAGGACAGAACUACCGACAGGACACAGUGAUGGAGGACAGAACUACUGACAGGAUACAGCGAUGGAGGACAGAACUACUGACAGGAUACAGUGAUGGAGGACAGAACUACUGA